CACACACACACACACACACACACACAGAGGAUCUCCAUGCAGUCGAUACCGUUGGACGGGAAAGAGAGAGAGAGAGAGAGAAAGAGAAGUAAAUAUUGACGGAGGAUUUAUCCAGUAGUUUUGGUGUAUUAAUAUCCCGCGGUCCAUCGCUGAUUAAGUUUCAGGAGAAGAGAGAGAGAGAUCUAGAGCCAGGUGUGAAACUGCUUUCCCGGUUGGCAACUAACACAAAUGUUGAACGACAUCUCCAAAGCCACCAACUGAAGCUGGAGGACUUAAAGCGUGUUUUUUUUAAUAAUUUUUUUUUUACACAAAAGAAUCCCGACUUGAGAGACGAACAGGGCCAAAAGUGAGACGAGACAAAAGCAAGGCAUGCCGUCAGUGAUGGAACGCUCAGGAUCUGGAGUUCUGUCUCGCAGCAGGGCAAAAACAGCAACCAAUGGCAACAGUCAGCACACUGAUGAGGAGAGCAGUGAUGAAGAUCAUUCACAUGACAGCAUGAUUCGUGUGGGUGCCGACUACCAGGCGCAGAUCCCGGAGUACAAGCCAGAGCUUGAGCCUGACUACAGUGAGAAAGACCACAGAAGCAUGCUUGUAUGGUCACCCAACACCCAUGUGUCUGAUGCAAUGUUGGAUGAAUAUAUCUUAAUGGCCAAAGAGAAGCAUGGAUAUAAUAUGGAACAGUCCUUGGGCAUGUUGCUCUGGCACAAGCAUGACGUGGAGAAGUCCCUAGCCGACCUGGCCAACUUCACACCCUUUCCAGACGAGUGGACGGUGGAGGACAAGGUGCUGUUUGAGCAGGCGUUCAGCUUCCACGGCAAGAGUUUCCAUCGCAUCCAGCAGAUGCUGCCAGAUAAGUUGAUUUCCAGUCUGGUUAAGUACUACUACUCCUGGAAGAAGACUCGGACUCGCACCAGCGUCAUGGACCGGCAGGCCCGCAAACUCGUUACCAAGAGAGAGAAAGAUGAAAGUAAUGACGAGAUAGAAGAAGCAGACCCAGGAAGUGACAGUGACUUUGAGAUCGUCACAAAGAAAGAGCCCAAACUGAGCUCUAGUGCUGGAGGAGGCAGUGAGAGGAGUUCUAGCAGGUCAGGCCAAACACGCAAAGAGAACCAGGGGGCUCAGUACCGACACCACCCACUGAGGGCACGUCGCAGGCCUCCGAAAGGCAUGCAUCUGGAUCAGCACGACAUUGUCGCCGUGUCGGCAUCCACAGAGUCAGGAACCAUCUCUAACCGCCAGCUCGACACGCAGCUAGUGUCUCUCAAGAGACUGGUUCAAAGCAUGAAGCAAGCAAACAGUGUCCUCAAACAGAGUCUGGCAGAUGGUGUUGAUGCCAUGAGACUGGCUGAGUCCACUGUUAAGAUUAACUCCCGCUGGACGACAGAGGAGCAGCUGUUGGCUGUACAGGCUAUCAGAAGAUAUGGUAAAGACUUUUCCGCCAUAGCGGACGUGAUUGGGAACAAGACAGCAGGUCAGGUGAGCUCGUUCUUCGUCAGCUACCGCCGCCGCUUUAAUCUGGAAGAAGUGCUGCGCGAAUGGCAAGCAGAACAGGAAGUGCUGCGGGGCAACAGCGAGACCACGAAGGACCUGAACGGGACAGCGGGAGUGGAAGAGGACGAGACUAAAAGAGACAGUGUGUCUCCUGCAGACUCUGACAGUCCAACACCUUCCUCUGAAGGAGCCAGCAACUCCAGCCAGUCCUCUCCUCCGCUUACCCAACCCCCACCUUUACUACGCCCGACACCCCCUAGUGCCCCCCCAAGCCUGUUGCGCCAACCUCCUCCUCUUCAGACGCGUCCCCUCCAGACCAGAACUCCCCACAACCACCCUCCACCACCACUCAUCCGCCCUGCGGUGGCCUCGUCACACCACCAGAGCGGCCUGAGGAACUCCGUCGGUUCUUCUGCAGCUUCCAGCGUACAGCUGCCUCCCUCGCUGAUGGGGCUCAAAGUGGAGUCGCCUCACUCGCACUGAUUCAUACAAGCUCCUGAGGUCCUGAUCUCAAACCAGUUCGUAUUUGUUCAAGAGUAGAACUGGUUCUAGAUUAGGGCAAAUUCUAGAAGGCACUCACACUUUCUAGAAUAUAAUGAAGUUAAUGAUAGGAGAGCAGGUACUGUCCAGGAUAUUUAAAAUACAGAAUACAUUAAUUGCAGUUGUUCAUGCACACAGGAGGCAUCAGGAGUCGGUUGGAUAUAGUGUUAGACAGGUGAAACGAGGCAUCACUCAGAAAAUUGCCAUUAAAUACCAACACGCAUACAAGCGAACAUCUCGCAUUGUUGCGAAGCUUAAUACAGAAAAGACCUCAGUGCAGACUCGCCAAAUACAGACCACCACACGCCUACCGGGCUUCAGCUUUAAUUAUAUACCUCAGAGGAGGCCACAGAAUUCAAAAGCACACAGUUCAGCAUGAUCAAUUACAAAAAUGAUCUCUGACAAAACAAACAAAAAACACUGUCAGUACUUAAACCAAAAUUUCUCGAUGGAGCAAAGUCUUUAGAUGUUAUACACUGGAUUGUAACGAAAUGCCUUGACAACUGAAUCACAGGUUUCUCCAUCUCCAUGGCAACAGCAGAACAUCUCCAACUCUGUUACACACAAGACACCACAUGAUGAUCGAGUGUAAACCGGGAACGCGCGCGCUUUCGUCUUCAUUAAAGAGCCAUGUAUUAUUAGA